AUGUCAAACAAGGAGGCAGCAGAAAAAUACGGGAUCCCCCAAAAUACAAUUUCAACUUGGAUGAAAAAAAAACAUAAGAUCCUACAAAGCUUGGAAGAACAAAAAACCGCGUCUGGUUCGAAAAAGGUUCGAGGCUGUGAUUAUGAGCAGAUAGACAAGGCUGUUUUCAAAUGGUUUACUGUUCAAAGAAGCCAAAACAUUCCGAUCGAUGGCAAUUUGAUAAAAGAAAUGGCACUCAGUUUUGCUAAAAACUUUGAUUGUUCAAGUUUCAAGGCUUCCGAUGGUUGGCUGGACAAAUGGAAAAGUGUAGUAAAUUUUAUACCAGGUGAAAAAAAGAAGCGCGAAAUACUAAUACAAGAAAGUCUGCGAGAAAGUUUUGUUUGGGUGUGUCCCUAUGCGCCUGUACAACACCGUUUAACUCCGUCGUCUGUCUGUCCACAAGAAACGUGUUGUGCAGCGGGCACACGAAAUAACGUAUUUUUAUUUCCAACUCCGUCACGAGGAUCCAAAAACCUUUUGAGAGGACAAAAUAGAAAAAAAAUUAUGACUAGGAGAAUAUUUCGAGAGCUUUCUAUAAAGGGACAAGGUUCUUCGAGAAUAAUCAAGCUUCGUACAACCAACCUAGUUAGAGAUUUUUCUCCACAGUUUUUUUGUAAGAACAAUUUUAUAAGAGCAAUGAGCCUGAAAAUUGAUGAAAAAUAA